UUGACAUAAUUCCAUCCGCCAAAUGUCACAGUGACAGUGCUGACACUUUUUCGCAAAUGCAUGUAAAUAAAUAUUGGAAUCGGAAAAUAAAGUUUGUUUGGAAAUAAAGUGGUGGAAAAUGUAAAUUUCUUAAUGCCGCGCUUCAAACCCAUACCGUCAUUGUAUAAGCUCUGUGUACGCGUAGUUUACAAUGUGAUCUACGACAUUUGUUCAUCGCUUGAGCUGUACAAAGUGCGCAAUAAAGGGCCGCGGCUGAAGGAAUUGCACACUUAUCUGGUGGAACAUUAUCCUCAGAACAUUUUGGACGACCUGCUCGACCUCCAUUCAUCAAAUGGACACAGUAAUAGUCAAUCGCUGAAAUCAUAUUACUUCUAUCGAGCAGUCACGCAUCACAAUGCCCGCGCAUUCAAGGCGCGCAACUAUAAACUGGAGCUUUCCUACUGGCGGGUGCUUUUUAAAACGGUGUUCAACAAUUUAAUUAGUCUCAAUUUAGCUUUAAGUUGUAAUGAUCAAAUUUUAGAGUUAAUUCCCAAAUACUGCCCCCAAUUGGAACAUUUGAACGCGACGUGUAAAUAUGAGCGAGUGGAAAUUGGAAACAAUGCUUGUACAUUCGCACUGUCUGUGACAGAUUACGGACUGGGAUUUCUCUGCCAAUGCAAGAAACUGAAGACGCUGACAGUCAACGAGCCGAGAAGUAAUACACGAGGGAUCCAGAAUGGAAUUACCUACGCCGGACUCAGACGAUUGUUAAUACAUGUGGAAACGCUGGAGGAUAUUUCCUAUUCGGAUCUGGGUUCAGUAGUUGCCAAAGACUUAGAUGCACUUGAAUCCUUGAGAUUAAAAAUUAUUCGACAUUUCAAUGCUACAGAGGAGAGUAUAAAGGAAAUCCUUCGCCUUUGUAAAAAUCUUUCAGAGCUUUAUUUAACAUUUUUCAACUCUGAUUCGCAAUGCAAUAUUUGGAGCGAAAUCAUCAAAGCCAGGCCAAAACUUCGCGCUUUGGAAGUGAUAAAUUUGAAUUGCUGCACUUACUUUGCAGAAAUCUUCCAGUCGUUCGGGGAAACGUUAUGUUUCCUAUCGAUUUCCAGUAAUUACCAAACGAUCUCAUUCGAAAAUCUAGUUACUAUCGCCCGGAAUUGUCCAAAUCUGCAAUUCCUUAAUUGUGCCCACUUAACGAAUCGCAAUGAAGUCGUUCAUAGACCGCGUAAUUUUGGACAAUUCAGUAAUUUGGAGAGUUUACACUUGUGCGGAAUGUCAAUUGAUGUAGCCAAUGUAGUACCAUUUUGUACAGAGAAUGCAGUGAAUCUAGAGCACUUAAGGAUCAUAGAGCAAGGCCCGGUUACGACCUACAUGGAUAAUAUAUUUGUGGAGUCAUUGAAACCGGAGAAAAUACGACAUAUUGAAGUGUCAAUAAAAUUACCAUUUACUACUUUUGGAAUACGAAAAAUAUUAGCGAAAUUCCCGCUUUUAAAUUAUUUGAAUGUUUCAUGUACGGACGAUUGUACUAUGCUGAUGCAGGAGCUGAGAGACAUGAACUACGAUUUGGUGUUUAUCAAUAAGGUUUUUAUUCCAUUUCAGCAGGUGUAAAUCUAGGAAAUGAUUGUGUUUCUAUAAAACAGAUGUGUUGAUAAUGACAUGGAAGAGACUAUUAUGUUUUGUUAUUUGCUUAAAAAAUAGAAUAAUUUAGGAAUGAAUUUGUUUUAAAUUUCAUACAAUUAUGAAUAAAGGAUCUAAAUUUCAAU